GCCAACAGAAUGUCGGUCGCUCACUAUUUAUAUGAAGAAAUUAUGAGGUGAACGCUUUGUAGUUCUCAGGAUUGCACAAUUCUGGGGCAGCUGAUUUUUUUUUUUUUUAAACCACGAAAUUAAUUUUUACGUACUUUACAAGGCAAUGAAAGAAUGCAUUUAAAAAGCAUUCUAUGUCAUGGAGAAGGAGCUCAAAAAAUGGGAUGAAUUUGAAGAUAUUUUAGAGGAGAGGAGGCAUGUCAGUGACUUGAAGUUUGCAAUGAAAUGCUACACACCUCUUGUCUAUAAGGGGAUUACUCCUUGCAAGCCAAGUGAUAUUAAAUACAGUGUUCUCAAUUCUGAAGAGGUUCAUUAUGUCAUUAAACAGCUUUCCAAGGAAUCCUUUCAAUCCGUCGAUGUCCUCCGAGAGGAAGUUUGUGAGAUCUUGGAUGAAAUGAGCCACAAACUGCGUCUGGGAGUCAUCCGGUUUUUUGCCUUUGUGCUGAGCAAAAUAUUUAAACAAAUUUUCUCAAAAGUGUGUGUAAAUGAAGAAGGUAUUCAGAAACUACAGCGAGCUAUCCAGGAGCACCCGGUUGUUCUGCUGCCCAGUCAUCGAAGUUACAUUGACUUCCUGAUGUUGUCUUUUCUCUUAUACAACUAUGAUUUACCUGUACCAGUCAUAGCGGCAGGAAUGGACUUCCUCGGAAUGAAAAUGGUCGGUGAGCUGCUGCGGAUGUCGGGUGCCUUUUUCAUGCGACGCACCUUUGGUGGCAAUAAACUUUACUGGGCCGUGUUCUCUGAAUACGUGAAAACCAUGCUACGGAAUGGUUAUGCUCCUGUUGAAUUUUUCCUCGAAGGGACAAGAAGUCGCUCUGCCAAGACACUGACUCCAAAAUUUGGUCUUCUGAAUAUUGUGAUGGAACCAUUUUUUAAAAGAGAAGUUUUUGAUACGUACCUUGUUCCAAUUAGCAUCAGUUACGACAAGAUAUUGGAAGAAACUCUUUAUGCGUAUGAGCUUCUGGGGGUGCCUAAGCCAAAGGAGUCCACAACUGGAUUGUUGAAAGCCAGGAAGAUUCUCUCUGAAAAUUUUGGAAAUAUCCACGUGUACUUCGGAGACCCUGUGUCACUUCGAUCUCUGGCAGCUGGAAGGAUGAGUCGGAGCCCGUAUAACUUGAUUCCAAGGUAUAUCCCUCAGAAACAGUCAGAGGACAUGCAUGCCUUUGUCACUGAAGUUGCCUAUAAAAUGCAGCUUCUGCAAAUUCAAAACCUGGUUCUGAGCCCAUGGGCCCUCAUGGCUGCUGUUCUGCUUCAGAACCAGCCUUCCAUGGACUUUGAUGCCCUGGUGGAGAAGACUUUAUGGCUGAAAAGCUUAACCCAGGCCUUCGGGGGGUUUCUCACCUGGCCCGAUAAUGAAGCUGCUGAAGAAGUUAUCCAGUCCAACCUUCUUCUGCAUUCCAACAUCGCCAGCCUUGUCAAAGACCAGGUGGUUCUGAACGUGGACUCUGGAGACUCCGAAGUGGUCCGUGGGCUUCUCUUCCAGCAUAUCACUCUCCUCAUGUGCUCAGCUUACAGGAACCAAUUGCUCAACAUUUUUGUCCGCCCUUCCUUAGUAGCCAUGGCACUGCACAUGACACCCGGGUUGCGGAAAGAGGAUGUCUACGGUUGCUUUCGCUUCCUGGUCAGUGUUUUUUCAGAUGAGUUCAUCUUCCUUCCAGGAAACACAGUCAAGGACUUUGAAGAAGGCUGUUACCUGCUCUGUAAAAGUGAGACAAUACAAGUGACAACAAGGGACAUCCUAGUUACCCCGAAAGGAAAUCCUGUCUUAGAAUUUUUAAUAGGCCUCUUUAAACCUUUUGUGGAAUCUUAUCAGAUAAUUUGCAAAUACCUCUUGCACGAAGAAGAAGACUACUUCACUGAGAAACAGUACUUGGAUGGAGUUAGAAAAUUCACCAGUGAGCUUCUUGAUCAAGGUGCCUCGCAGUGUUACGACGUAUUGUCUUCCGAUGUACAGAAAAAUGCCUUAGCAGCUUUCGUGAGGCUAGGUGUGGUAGAGAAGAAGAAAGUAGAUAGUCACAGUGUAUUUAAUGUGAAUGAACCUGCCACGACAAAAUUAGAAGAAAUGCUUGGUUGUAAGAUACCCCUAGGAAAGCCGGCAACUGCAAAACUUUAAUAAUUGCCAAACAGUUACGCGAAAUGUGGUCACAUAAUUGCUGUCAUCUGAGGACUCUUAUUCCAGCAAGCGUGAUGUGAAGGAAGAGAGUCAUCUGCUCGUGCUUCACGAGACGUGAGAGCCAUGGGCUCGGCAGAGAGAAGAGGUAGCCGGUGUAAGCAAUCAGUAUAACUCUCUCCACCGUGACGGUUCAAAAGGCAUCUGUGUCCGACUCUGUGUGUGUUUUAAAAUAAAACAGUCUUUUGGAAACAUGUUUGGAAAAACAAA